UGCUUAGCAACUUAUUACAACAUGGACGAAACGAAGAGACCACUUCUUAUUCCUCCUCAAUUUGCCACUUAUUCCGAAAAACAUGGAGUUUUUGAGAUGUAUAAGCGUCUCAUGGAGCAGCUUAUCAUUCAUAAGCCUGAUGAUCCACUAUCAUUUCUCAUAGAGCUAUUGAAGAGAGAAAACAAUGAUUUGCCUCAAGUUAUGCUACAUGGCCCUCCAUCCUCAGGAAAGCGUACCAUUGCCAAGAUGGUAUGUGCCAAACUGAGGACUGCCCACCUUACCAUGGAGAACAUGAUAGCUGAUGCAGAGACCAGUGUUAAAAGGGAGGCUGAAUCAUACUCUAAGAAAGGCCAGCCAGUGCCAAUUGAACUAUGGGUGAAGAUAAUAAAGGAAAGGUUGAAGCUGUUUGACUGCAUGAAGAAAGGAUGGGUCAUGGAAGGUUUCCCACAAACGAGAGAACAGGCUCAAGCCUUGCAGGCUGAAGGAAUAUACCCAAAACAUUUUGUGCUCUUGGAUGCCCCCGACACAGUUCUGAUAGAGAGGGCGUCUGGAAAGAGGAUAGAUCCUAUUACUGGUGAUGUCUACCAUACAACCUUUGACUACCCCAGUGAUCAGGAGAUCAUAGAAAGACUGAAGCCAGUUGCUGAAAACACUGAGGAGGUACUAGUCAACAAACUUGUUGUUUACCAUAGACAUAUUGAAGGCAUCAUUGACACUUACAAUGUUGUACAUAAAACAAUCAAUGCUGAUCAACCAAAAGCUGAUGUAUUUUCUCAAGCAUUUACCUUCCUGUGUAGUAAUCCCCGCAGCGCUGCCCCACAUACUCCUAGAGUUGUCCUAAUGGGUCCGACUGGCAGUGGUAAAGCAGUCCAAGCAGCUCUUUUAGCCAACAAAUAUAAUAUUGUUAAUGUGUCGUGUGGAUUAUUGAUUAAACAAGCCAUAGCUGAUGAGACAAAACAAGGAUUAGCAGCCAAGCCAUAUAUUGACAAAGGCAUGAUGAUCCCAGAUCAGCUUGUGUUGAACAUCCUUGGGGAGAGGCUUGGUCAGUUAGACUGUGUGAGUCGUGGUUGGGUCCUGCAUGGCUACCCAAAGACAGGAGAACAGGCUGAACAGCUUGCCAGGGCAGGACAUGUACCUAACAGAGAGUUUUUCCUUGAUGUACCAAAUGACUCUGUCAUUGAAAGAUUAACACUACGUGCCACAGAUCCAAUCACUGGAGAGCGUUACCACAUGUUAUACAACCCACCAAGAACACAAGAAGUCAAGGAGAGACUAGAAAGACACCCAAAAGAUAGCGAAGAAAAUGUUCGGAAAAGACUUUCAGAGUUUAAUACAUACAUGGAAGAAAUCUCAGACUGUUACCCAGACUGUCAGCAUAUCAAUGCAGACCAAGAUCCUCAUACUGUAUUUGAAUGUAUUGAGAGCAUGAUUGUUAACCCAAUCCCAAAAAGAGUUCAGUAGUUCUAUUUAUUCAAUCAGUUGGAUUGUAAAAUAUAUAAAAAACGUUAUGUAAAGAGUGUAAAGGGAACUCAUGUGGGAUAAUAAUAGACAGUAAUAUUGCCUGAUAAAGUUCUGCAGGUGCGCAUGUAUAAUGUAUAUAAUGUAUAUUUCUCAUAAAUGAUCAUGAAAUAAAAUAAAUAUUUCAAAUGACUCAUUCUAAAACAA